UUGGGUUCCAAAGUCAGCAAACCUGGAACCAAGGUUAGCCCGAGCUUGGAUGGUAAAACUGUCGAAAGAAUCAAUAAUCAGGUGAAGACUGAAAAUUUCAAAUUCAGAUGGAGAGUUCACGGAACCCAUAUUAUAACCAAUGUGCCGCAGGUGUUGGAUCUUUCAAAGUAUGCUGAUGAAAGAAUGGGUAUAAAGAUAGCUGCCUUUGAUUUGGAUGAUACUUUGGUGAGGACCAAGUCACCGAUGAAGUUUGCAAGAGAUUCUAAUGAUUGGAAAUGGUGGAGUCAACCAGACGCCGAAUCCAAAGUUCCAGAGACAUUGAUCAGACUAAACAAGGAGAAGUAUAUCAUAGUGAUAUUUACCAACCAGGGAGCAGUUGUUGCCAAUAACGACGAGCCAAAGAGUAAAUCGUACGCAAAGCUCUGUGGCAGGGUAGAGAAUAUUAUUGCAUCGCUAAAUGGCGAAAGUGAAGAGAAAUUUGAAGUGUUAGUAUUUGCAUCACCGAAAAGACCUGGCGGUAAAAGGAAGAAGCCAACGGGUAAUGUAAGUUCCGAAGAAGACCAUGACUUCAGUAGAAAACCGAAUGUUGGUAUGUGGGAACAUAUGGUUAGGUAUUUGAAAGAGCAAAACGAACGAGUUGAAGUAUCAAUCCAAAAUAGUUUUUACGUGGGAGAUGCAGCAGGCAGAGGCUCUGAUCAUCUGGACAGUGA